AUGGCAGACACCGACACCAGCCAUGGAGGCUGGAAAGCCUAUGAAUACUACCCCUCGAUGGCCGCGGCCGUCAUCUUCAUCCUUCUCUUCAUCGUCGUCAAUCUCCUACAUACAUACCACCUGAUCCGGACGCGGACGUGGUUCUUCAUUCCGCUCGUGCUAGGCGGUUGGUGUAAGUUCUCAUGCGACUCGCUCUUGGCCUAUAUGCUUGGUAAUUGUCUGACACGCACAGUCGAAUUCCUCGGCUAUAUAGGACGCGCCAUGUCCGCGAAACAAUCACCGGACUGGACGCUCGGCCCGUACGUUAUGCAAAGCACCCUGCUGCUCAUCGCGCCCGCCCUCUUCGCCGCUAGUAUUUAUAUGGAACUGGGUCGGAUUAUAUACCUGGUCAAAGGACAGGCGCUGUCCAUCAUCCGCGUGAACUGGAUGACCAAGAUCUUCGUGGCGGGGGAUGUGUUGAGUUUCCUGAUGCAGGCUUCCGGUAGGUCUUGCGUUCAUGAUUUUGAUACAAUCAUGGGAGAUGAAAGCUGA